AUGAUCUCCCCCGACUCUCCCGUUCUCCCAAUGUCGCCUCUGCCUUCAAGCCAUUUCUUGUCGCAGCCGCGUUCUGCGGCGUCCGCCAAGCCGGCUGGAACGGUUGAUACCGCGACCCUGAACGCCCACGACUUCGAUGUCGAUAACCGGACAGGCUUCAUGCCAUUUGACCAGCCGAUCUCACGGCUGUCAGGCGAAUACGAGAUUUGGGAGAAGCUUUUGGAUGAGGCGCAGGAGAAGCGCCUAAAGCUUGGCCGUCGGACGGACCUCACUCAAGAGGACCGGGACGAGUCUGAGGCAUGGCGCGCAUGGGUACGCUCGACGCCCGUAAUCUCGCCUGAAAGCCUCUACGCUUCCGAGGUGCACCUCCGUAGGGCGCACUGUGUACUGGCAUGGACGAUGCACUUCUACAUCCAGUCGCAGCCACCGCCGCCGCCCGAGCUCGCGCAGUCCGACAUCAUCAUCCCAUCGCCGAUUGCUGUGCCACUCGUCGCGAUUUCUUCCCAGCUGCAACUGCCCGUCGUAUUGACAUAUUCCGACGAUGUGCUCUACAACUGGAGACUGAAGAACCCGGCCCCGAAGCCUACGACACCGCCUGCAUCGGACUACCUGCUGCCCAUGUCGCCUGGCUCGGCGUUCUUCUCACGCACGCCGUUCCCGACUGCGGCGCCUCAGACUCCGUUCUCGGCGGCGUACUUCACGCCACUCUCUUCCCCUCUUCCCGAAGAGGAAGACCAAGACGACGUGAACAUGCCGAAGAUCGAUAACAUCAGCUGCGUCACGCUGUUCACUGGUUCAAAGGACGAGGAGGAGUUCUACCUGUCAUCAGCGCGUUGCGAGCUCGCGGGUGUUCCUGCCCUGGAGGCUAUGCGCGCCACGAUGGACGAGCUGUUCGUCGGGGAUGCUCUCGCGCGCCGGCGUAUUGUGCGCUACUUGAACGCGUUGGCAGGUCACAUCGAUGUGCUCGCCGCUCAGUUGUUGGCCGUACGCGAGGGCUGCGACCCCGAGGCCUUCUACCACGACAUUCGUCCGUGGUUCAUGGGCCAGGACUCGUCACCCAGCGGACGCAAGUGGGUCUUCGAGGGUGUUGCGCCCGAGGAUCAGCCGAAGGAACUUUCGGGCCCCAGCGCAGGACAAAGCUCCCUCGUGCACGCGCUGGACGUCUUCCUCGGCGUAUCGGACUACUCGCACGGUGCCGGUGCCGGUGACCGCAAGUCAGGCCCUACCUUCCUCGACCGCAUGCAGACGUACAUGCCGCGCCAUCACCGCGCGUUCCUGCGUCACCUUGCUGCUGCACCUCGUCCUCUGCGUGCGCUCGUCGAUGACUGGACUGAGCGCGAGCCUGCACUCGCUGAGGCAUACAACGCCGCUGUCGGUGCUAUGAAGCGCUUCCGCGACGGCCACAUGCGCAUUGUGGCUCUCUACAUCAUGGGCCCUGCGCGCCGUGAGCGUGAGCGUCAAGCCGCGCUUGCGGAGCAGGCAGCUCUUGCUGAGGGCCGCACCGAUGCCGUUCCCGAGAAGCAGCCGCUGAAGGGUACCGGUGGUACCGACCUUGUACAGUUCCUCAAGGGGGUGCGCGACCGCACAGCUGCGGCCGCUGUCCCUCUGCCGAAGUAG